GAGAUGGAAACAAAAUUACGAAAGUACGGUUUUGGAUAUCGUGCGAAGUAUUUGCAUCAGACUGCGAAGAAACUUGCCGAAUUAGGUGGUGAAGCAUGGCUGAAUGGACUUGUCGAACAACCGUAUGAUAGUGCUAAACAGCAACUUCAAACGUUACCUGGAAUAGGACCAAAGGUGGCCGAUUGUAUAUGUUUGAUGUCGUUGAAUAAACCGGAUGUGAUACCGGUCGAUACUCAUGUCUUUCAAAUUACCUCAAANCAAUAA